AUGGGGCAGUGCGACGGACUGGGCGAGAAGCCGCGAGUUGCCGCGGAGGAUCUCGGAGAGGAUGCUGGAGUGCCAUCGGGGGGCCCACAACGUGAAGAUGUGCGCCUCCGACGCCGCGCCCGCUUCCGAGCGGCUGGCCUUGCAGCCAAAGCUGGGACCCACGAGGCCUUAGCUGUUUCGGGCGACGACGAGGGGGCGCCGCCGAGGGGCGAGGCGAUGCCCUUCGUGAGCGGCGAAGCGUCUCUGCCGCCAGCGUGGACGGAGCCGUGCGACAUCGAGCUGGCCUCGCCGAAGGCCAGGUACUACUUCGACAGGUUCCACGAGAGAAUGGCCCUUCCGCCGAGCCAGGGGGACGAGGCCGACAUCGAGGCCACGCGCUGCCACACCGACCCGAGCCUCCGCCAACGAGCUGCACGCUUGGAUUUUGCGGCGCGCCUGUGGGAGACGGGGAUGCCCGGUUUCGCCCGCGCGUGCAGGGCCGAGGUGGCCGUGUUUUUCGUGAUGACGAAGGCCCGCGAGGACGGAGUCUACGUGCUGAGGCCCGUGUGGGACAUGAGGCGAGUGAGCAAGCGCUUCAGGGGCCCGCCGUACCUCACCCGGGGGUCCCCGAUGGCGAUGGCCGAGCUCGACCUGUCCGACGACGUGAGGCAGGGCCGAGUUCUGAAGUGCCGCAGCUGUGCCGAACUGUGGCCCUACAUGGUGUACGGAGGUGUCUCGAUCGACAAGUUUGUGAAGGAGCUUAAGAGGCGGCAGAUGAAGCUGCCCAGUGUGCCGAGCGGAUGUCGAUAUCUUUGUCUUGUCGUGAUGCCGAUGGGGUUCAGCUGCUCGCCAGUGAUAUGCCGCGGAGCGCUGGAGGGUGUGAUGUGCGACCUGCCCGGUUUCCCCCGCCACGGCCAGCUGAUCCACGGUCUGAUCCCCCCGAGCUUCGCCGAGGUUGCCUUCAUCCACUGGGUUUUCAUGGGCGACUUCGCCUCGCUGACUGUCGUGCACGAGAGCGACGAGACGACCGUGGAGACAGUGAGGGAGGCUGCCCGGGCGAAGCUAGAGGUGGGCCUGGACAUGCACAAGGAUGGAGUGGGGGAGGCAUUGCCGCUCUCUCUUGGAGUGACGAUCACCGAGCAGCCGUGCCGACUCAUGGCCUCCAGGGAGAAGAUCCAGAACGUGAUUGGGGCAACUGGAGCCGCCAUGGCUCGAGGCCGAGCGACGUCGCAGGAGUUGUCCUGUAUCAUCGGCUCGUGGGUCUGGCUGGCGAUGCAUUGUCGACCCGCCUGUUGCCUGCUGGGCGCCUGCUACAAGUUUGUGGCGAAGUCCGCAGGCGACCAGACCAGGCGCGAGCUCUGGGAGAGCGUGCUGAACGAGCUUCACAUGCUCUACCACCUCGCGCCCUUGAUGUACGCGCACCUGGAGCCCCGCUGGAGCGGGGUCGUGUUCGCGACCGACGCGAGCCAGGCCGGCAUGGGCGUGGUGGAGACCCGGGCGACGAGGAGCGAAGUCAAAGCCGAGGUGGGCCGACGCUGGGGGCUCUGGCAGCUGCGCGACAUGGCCAAGGAUGAGGGGGAGGAGGUACUGCUGAACGGCGACGACUGGGCGUGUUCCAAGCGGGGGAUCCCGAACACCAGCGGCGAGAGCGACGUGCCCCCGCAGCGGCUGAUGGCCGACGUCUUCGCGGGCUACGGCGGGUUCGGAGAGGAGGUGUGGGGCGAGUGCCAGUGCGAGACCCUCUUUGUGGACAACGCUCGCAAACCACGCCGCGGCCUCAUGGGCCCGUCGUUCGUCGAGCUCAUGUGCCGAGCCAUCCUGUUCGGCCUCUUCUUUAUGGCAGCCAUCUCCAUGUGCCUCGCAUGCCUGGCUGCAAGCGUUGGCUUCUCCCUCGAGAACCCCGGGGCUUCGAUGAUCUGGGAGCUGCCCGAGAUGGCGAAGCUGAUGGAGCAACCAGGCGUCUUUGCGGUGGAGCUGGUGUGCUGUUCUUUCGGGGCGAGGUGGCUCAAGCCGACGCGAUUGCCCACGAAUGUGGAAAGCCUCUGGGAGCUGGCGUGCCGAUGCUCUCGAGGUCAUCCUCGCCAGGAGCUCCGAGGGCGAAGCGCCGAAGGGCAGCUGUGGACCAGGCUCGCCGCCGUCUGCCCUCUUCUGCUCUGCCGCGCCUACACCAAGAUGGUCAACAAGGCGAUUGGGGCCAAGCAGUUGGAGCUGCGCGACUGGCGAGUUCGAGAAGUUCGGAGCCCGCCCGAGAAGACAAGAGCGGUCAUUGACCACAGGGCGCGUUUGUCGAGAUGGCACCUAUCGUGGAGGGGAGAGUGGGCAUGCGAGGCCCACAUCAAUGUGCAGGAGAUGAGGCCGUUGACGCAGCUGAGGAAGAUCGGGGCGAUUUCGCUGGCGACGGGAGUGAGGCUCACCCUGAGGUGGACCCCGACUGACAUGAAUCCAGCAGACGGCCCCUCGCGAGGGGAAGGGAUCGGCAGCGCGGAGAUCACGAAGGCGACGUCCGAGCAGAAGAAGUCGAUCCUGAGCGACCAGUACCCCUUCGAGAGGCUCCUAGGCGUCCAGCUGGAGAUCAGGGGCAUGCACGACGACUGCGCCCAGGGGCCCCUGGCGUUCGAGAGCGCCGCGGCGGAGAAGCCCGUCAACAGGAGCUCGCUAGGCGGCGAGCACCUCGAGCGCCCCUUGAGGCUCUUGAUCCACGUGGUGCAGGACGACACGAACAAGGAGUAUCUCAAGGAGGUGGAUCCGUUUCUUCGCGACGUGUUCCACAGGCGCCUGCCCUUCACGACUCCAGGGCAGCGAGACAUCGCGGUGGCAUUCGAGCUGGACAACCGGUGCUUCGUGGAGCGGGCCCCCCUCAACCGAGGGAUCAAGCUCUGCCGCGGCCUGAUGCACAUCUUCCCCGAGUGGAGGUCUGAGAUGCCGAUCGCGCUGCGGGUUCUUCACAGCUGGGAGAAGUAUCAACAGAUGUGGGAAGGGGGCCCAGCAUCCGUCGAGGACAUCAACUACAUAGCACGGGAGGCAGUGCGCAGAGGCCACGUCGACGAGGGCAUGGCUUUUCUGCUAGAGUACGACUGCUACCUAA